AUGUUCGCCCCGAGAGCGUCAAGUCUGCAGCCGAUCAGCGAGCAGGCCACCUGGCAACCUCCAGGGACCGGGACCUUCGGCGCUCCGGCACUCGGUCAAGACCAUGCCGCUGGACAGAUGCACGGUUCAGGUUGGUCCAUGGAUCCACCCCCACCUUCAUUUCAGACGCAUCGGCUUGGGGCUGCUGCGAACAGGCGAUCCACUCCAUUUGCAGGCAUCUCCAGCAGCAUGAACAUGAUGGGUUCCCAGCUGUUGGCCGGUGGACGGCGCAUGAUGGGCGAAGGAGUGGGAGGAUACCCAGACCGCAUGGUGGGCCAGGGCGGCUUCGUGCAGGGACCAGAGGGCAAUCAAGCAAGUGGCACUCGCAUACCAUGGCUCGUCAAGCAGCAGGACCCGGCAAGCCUUCAGGUAGAAGGUCCUCGACCUCCCCCUGCUCCAGACGAGGCUCCCAAGGGCAUCCAGGCUGCAAAUCUCUUGCGUCGAAAUCAGUUUCUUGAGACACUUCGGCGCAAGAGGGCCGCAGCAUUGGCGUCGCAAAGGGAGGACAGCACGGCACCUCAAGCCGUCGAGAUCAAAACUCUCGCCACGCUCGUGGCGCAGGAGCGGUCGUGGCUUCGACCUUUACUGUUGGCGGUCACGUCAGGGGCACAGCGCCUGGCUCUGAGACUUCAAGCCCUUCUUUGGCGUUCUCUGGCUGUGCUGACAGACCCCGAGGCCUUAUUGGAGCCGAUGUUUCUGGAAGCACAGGAGAUGAUGGGUCAAGGCUUUCCGAGCUCCAGUGUCGAUGUGAGCUGGGUGGUGCAAGAGGAUGGGCUCUUCCGUGCUGCUUUUGGUGCGCAUGUGACUGAGCCGUGGAACCGGGAACGGUUGUAUCUCCAGCUGGAGCGCUCCGUCCUUGCCAAGCCGGGGCCGACCUUGGAUGAGCGCACACAAGAAUUGCGCUCGGAUGAAGAUCGCGAGAUGCUGGGCUCGGGUCUUUGCGCACCCCGGCUUGCCCCUCUGGAGGAAGUCUACUGGCUCAAUAAGUUGGGCCUGCGCUUCAGAUCGCAAGUGAAGUCGAAAAGGCGGCAUCUCGUGGCCAGUCAUCUCUACGAGCUGCGCCUGGACGUAAGCCGAAUCUCGCUGUUCCAAACUCCGUUGGCAUCCAGAGACCUGGCAAGAAGGGCCAGUUCCCUGGAUGCCUUGGACAGCCGCGAGACGCGCGUUGCAGGUGAACUCCAGGAGCUCUUCCACCGGUACCAGAAAGAGACGGAGAGUCAUGUCGUGGCGCAGCUUGACAGUCGUUUGGACAUGCUCGUGGAGCGCGGCAAAGCAUUGCGGGCCGCUUUGUUGGAGGCCGAAGCGCUCCCGAGCGAUGCGCAGGCCACGCAGGCCUCCCAGGCCGUGCAGGCAGCCAGAGAAGCCUACCGAAGCAACCUCCAGGAAAGGAAGAAAGUGCGUGCGAGGCGAGACGAGAAGGAAACCCUUUUCGAGCAAGUCUGCAAGAAUCUCUACGGCAAAUGGCGGGAACUGCGACAAGUGCGACAGGAUUUCGGCUUCGUGUCCACCCCGUGGCGCCUGACAGCGCAGCCUCAGGACCAUGACCUCUCGGCCGACACUGAACGAAGGGCGCGGAAUGUGGAUGCAGAGAUAGAGGAGAGCAGCUAUCUACAAGGUUUCGCAGCUGAGCAAGAGCGUGACCGAGUUCAGAACAAGUGGGACAUGGCAAAGCGCGGGCCAGGCCAGCCAUCCUACCGCUUCGAACUCUCAGCCACCGUGGAAAUGACGUCUGCCGAGGCAUUGCGGUCACGUGCCUACGAUGGGAUCGUCGGCGAUGCAGAUGCCUCUGCGGCUGCGGAGGAACUGGAUCGCCGGCAACUUGCCAGCCGCGUGCGAGUUUGCGUGGAGUGCCGGGUAAGUGACCGGGUUGUGGGGAGAAGUCCCUCCAUGUCCAUCAGUUGGGACACCGGCAGCACUUCUUCGGCCGCAGUCUUGCUGGAAGAGGUUCCUGGAACUCUGCCAGGGGCGCCUGACUCCAUUCGGCCUGUGCAUAGCUUCAACCUUGCAGUGCACGUAAUGCCCCAGAACAUCUCUCUGCUGGUCUACGUUUCGGCAGGAGGUUGGUGGCCUCGUUGGCACGCUGCUCGGGAGGUUCAGUUAGACAUUCCGAGUCCAGAAGCCAGAAGAGUGACGCAUGCUGCGGUUCUCGAGCAGCGUCUCCUCUUUGGGCCAGGAAUGGAUGACCUCGGCGAGGAGGAUGGCCUGCUGUCCCAUACUUUCAAAGGCGAAGUGGCCGUGUGCGUCUCCUGGCCUGGAGGAGGUCGAGGUGAUUAUGUCGUGCCACCACCAGCUCCAUUGAACGCAGAAGGCCAGCCUGUGGCCAACUUGAAGUGUUUGCCAUGCUUCGGCUCCCGAUCUCCAGUCUCGCAAAAGGAGGAGCCCAAGCCCGAAGAAGAGCUGGACAAGAUGCGAAUGGACAGUGAGGCGCCUGAAGUGGGGACAACGUCUACGGAAUUCCGCGGGAAGGGACCAGAAGGAACACGGCUUGAAGACGCACACCUCUGUCGCCGCCGCCUCGGCAGCGAGGACACGCAGGCUGGCCAGCUGCGUGGCCUGCGAGUGGAGAAGUUACUGCAGCGAGUGGAACGGGCAGGUAUGGACAGUGAGCGGCUUUUGGUUCCCGGCUUCGAAACCGAGGUGAGACAGGAGAAGGAAGCGAAGCAGGAGCAGGAAGCAUCUGACGCGAAAGCUGGAAAGCAAAAGGAAAGCGUGUACCAGAUGGACUUUCGCAAGAGGACUCCCGACUGA